UUUCAUGCACUUUCUUUCCUUUUGAUUUGCAUCAAUAAAUGAAGCUUGAUGAGUUCCAUUUUCAUUAUAUAUGUAAUAAUUAAAUCAUAUAAUAUGUAAUUGUAAUAUGAUAUGCACUUUAUUAUAUUAAGCUAUGCCCGGGAUAAGAACAGCCCUCCCGGUCCGUGGGAAAUUGGUCUUGUGUGGAACUGGUCUGCUGUGUUGGAAAAAAAAAAAUUGGGGAUCGCUGCUCUAGAGUAUUUUGGUCAAAGGAAGAAUGCAUUUCCAGUGAUACGUCAACUCCAGAUGGCGCUCCCACAUCUGGCGCAACGCGAUAGCGUAAGUGGGCGGGGGAUGUUGACACGUCCGACGGUGAGACGAGACGAGACGAGACGAGAGGAGAAACCACGCCCACUCUGUAUCACCUGCGUGAAUGGGGCGACAGCGUCGUAUCCGCGGUCCAGGUAUGCGAAACCCGAAGCUUUCAGAAAUCAUGCGGUUUGACUCUUGAGCGUGGGAAAGGGAAAGGACAAGACGAUGUACACGAGCGAGCGCAGGCGCAUGAGCCUGCACGAGGUGAAAAGAAGAAACUCUGUCCGAGUUUCGGCUGGAAGUUUAUGGCAGGACGCUUUGGCUCUGGAGCUCAGCGCGAACAAGAGCGUGACUUCUCCACGCAGUCGCAGCCGCGCGCUCUCUGUGGUCUACGUGGUGGUGGAAGACGCCUCGGUGCCGCACACUGAGGAACAUCUGUCACUGCGCUGCGUCAAGGAAGCCUGCGCGGAUUCCCACGCCGAGCUCCAGACCGUCCCGUUUGAGUCGAUUGCCCACGCCACAGCCGACACUCUGGAUACUUUCUACAACGCAGAUGUUGCCAUAGUUGAGAUGAGUGAUUCUCUCAGCCAGCCCUCUCUCUUCUAUCACCUCGGUGUUCGAGAGAGCUUCAGCAUGACCAAUAACAUCAUAUUAUACUGCAACAAGCAAGAAAGUGAUCUGCAGCUUCUAAAGGAGCAGUGUGGGAGCUACACCUUCAUAUCUUACAUGGUGUCGCCUCAAGGAAAUGUGUUUGCCUGUGAUGCGACUUUAAUGCGGGGAAUCACAGAGAUCCUGCAGCCUAGCUUUGACAUCGAGCCUCUUCUGACACCGUUAGUGGAGCAACUGGUCAAGUUGUUCGAGAAUGUGCACGUCCACGCAAGUGAGUAUGUCCAUGAAUCGAUCCGGCGGGAGAUCCGAAUGGCACGUGAUCGUUUCACUGGGGAAUCCUUGAGCCAGGAACUAAAUCGAAUCCAGAAACGCCUGGACACCGUGGAGCUUCUCAGCCCUGAUAUAGUGAUGAGCCUCUUGCUGUCUUACCGUGAUAUCCAGGAUUACAAUUCCAUAAUUAUUCUGGUGGAAACCCUGACUGACCUGCCCAUGUGUGCAGUGGCUGCACAGCCAAAUAUCAAGUUUCAGUACAUAUUUGCUUUGAAUAGGAGGAAUCGCCCAGGUGAUCGCGAGAAAGCCCUGUCAGUUAUUCUGCCUGUACUAGAGUCAGGUGAGCCAGUGGCCUCCGACGUGUACUGUCUCUGUGGACGAAUUUAUAAGGACAUGUUCCUGAGUUCCGGCUUUAAGGAUGAAUACUGCCGUGAUCAGGCCUGCUACUGGUAUGGUAGGGCGUUUAAAAUGGAGCCCUCACUGCACUCGGGCAUUAACAACGUGGUACUUCUUAUGGCAGCCGGCCAUGAAUUUGAUUCUUCUGUUCAGCUGAGAAAGAUUGGCGUCACGCUUAGCAGUUUGCUCGGGAGGAAGGGCAGUUUGGAGAAGAUGCAUGAUUACUGGGAUGUAGGUUUCUACCUUGGGGCUGGGAUUUUAGCCAACGAGCACAAGAAAGUAAUAGACGCCUCAGAAAAACUUUACCGUCUCAAAGCACCAAUGUGGUAUGUCGGGUCAGUCAUGGAGACAUACAUUCUGUACAAACAGUUUGCCAAGCCACCAGAAGUGAAGCACCCCAAACAGGAAAUUGUGGACUUUUGGAUGGAGCUUCACAUGCAAGCAUGCAAACCUACUAUUUCCACAGCACGCUGCCCGGUCCUGAUCCUAGAGCCUAGUAAAAUUUUCCAGCCCAGCAUAUUGAGCGUGAAUGAGGAGGACAAGAACCGCACAGUGCACCUGAGACACCUCACGCCACCACAGAAAGGCCUACAUGAGUGGACAUUUCCUGCAUCAGCAAUUCGUGGAGUGAGCAUUUCUACAUUUGAUGAGCGGAGCUGUUUCCUGUAUGUGCUUUACAACUCCGAUGACUUCCAGCUGUACUUCCCAAGUGAUCUGCACUGCAAAGGAUUCUGUGAGCUGGUGAACUCUCUAAUCUGUCAGACAGAGGGUGCUGGGGAUGACUCCAGCUCAGACAAUGGAGGACUGUUAGAGUACAUGUAUGAGAAAGGAGAGAAUGGAGAGAAGGUGGUGUUGGGGAGAGGAACAUAUGGAGUGGUGUAUGCUGGACGAGACUUGAGCAAUCAAGUGCGCAUCGCCAUCAAGGAGAUUCCAGAGAAAGACAGCACUUACUCUCAGCCUCUCCAUGAAGAGAUCGCCUUGCACAAGAGACUGAAGCAUCGCAACAUUGUGCAGUACCUGGGCUCCGUCAGCGAGGGAGGCUUCAUUAAGAUUUUCAUGGAGGAGGUGCCAGGAGGAAGCCUGUCUUCACUCUUAAGGUCAAAGUGGGGUCCUCUUAAAGACAACGAGCCCACUAUUGUCUUCUACACCAAGCAGGUUUUGGAAGGACUGAAAUACCUACAUGAUAACCAAAUAGUUCACAGAGAUAUUAAGGGUGAUAAUGUACUCAUCAACACGUAUAGUGGUGUACUCAAGAUAUCUGAUUUUGGAACAUCUAAAAGACUAGCAGGAAUCAACCCUUGUACAGAAACCUUUACAGGUACUCUGCAAUACAUGGCUCCAGAGAUUAUAGAUCAGGGCCCGCGGGGUUAUGGGAAACCGGCUGAUAUCUGGUCUCUAGGCUGCACCAUUAUAGAGAUGGCUUCUGGGAAAACGCCUUUUCAUGAGCUGGGUAGCCCACAGGCUGCUAUGUUUAAGGUCGGCAUGUUUAAGAUCCACCCCACUAUGCCAGCGUGCCUGUCAGAGGAGGCGAAAUCCUUCCUCAUGCGCUGCUUUGAACCCAAUCCUGACAAGAGGGCGAUAGCAUCUGACUUGCUGAAGGAUGCUUUUCUUAAGAGCAGCGUUAAGAAGAGGAGCAAACCAUCACCCGUCUUAACCGAGAGAGAGCUUAUCUCCCCUGCCGGAGAAUACCAGAGGAGCAUGUCUGUACCCAUAACUGUGACUGUAGAGGACACAGAUAGUACAGAGCUGUCUGGUUCCCUCAAUCUGAGUAAAACGAUCCACUGCCUCCGAGAAAAUGACAUUUCAGAGAGCCCUCCCUGCACAAACAACUUCCUGCUGACACCAGAGGGACCACAGGGGGACAUGAUGAGUCCUUCUGCUACAGGAGAGAACCUUGGUCUCUUCCUUCUCCGGAAAGACAGUGAGAGGAGAAACACUUUACACCGUGUCCUUACUGACUACAUCAGCGAAGUACUACAAAAUAUAACUGAAUCUCUCCCACAGACCGGAGAGCCCUGCAUCAACUCUGAGCACAUAAAGCAUAUGAUUGGUUGUCUGCGAGAAAACAUCCGCUCCCCAGACAGAAGGCAGCUGACCAACCGACUCCAGAAGUUGCGCACUAGCCUGCAUGAUGAUGCAGUACCUCUCUGCAGCCUGCAAGCGGCACUCUUCAGCUUCCAGGAUGCUGUAAAGAAGGUGCUCCGGCAGCAGCAGGUGAAACCCCACUGGAUGUUUGCUUUGGAUAACCUGCUCAGACAGGCUGUGCAAGAUGCCAUUACCGUGCUCCUGCCAGAGCUCAAGCUGCAGCUCCAGUCAUCCUUUGAGGCAGAGGAGGGUUCUCCUGAAACUGAACAGCUGGACAAGGAACCAAAUAAAGAGUCACACAGGGAAAGUAAAGGCACAUCUCAAGAACCUCAGCAGCACAGACCAGAGAGCAUCAGUUCCAGGUGGCCCAAUGGCCCCCUCACCGGUUGUAACCCCCUCGCCCAGGAAUUCAUCUUGUUGUGCCAGGAAACCAGGAGGUUGCUGACUCAGCUUAAUGAGAAGGAGAAGGAGUACCAAGAACUUUUAAUGAACUCGCUGCAGAACGUACAAGGAGCAAUAAACACAAUAAAGGUCACAGUGGCAACAGAAAGCAGUGAUAAUAAAGCCGUCUGCCAAAAUACUCAGACACUGGCCAUGGUGCGCUGGCUGAAGGCCGUCCCAGUUGAUGAGCACACUAUAAACACACUUGUGACUCACAGCUUCACGUUAGACAUCCUUCUCCAUAUGGCCUGCAGAGAUGACCUCAAGUACUGUGGCAUCAAAGGUGGGAUGGUGUGUCGUCUUUGGGGAGCCAUUUCAACACAGAAGAAGAGUCACCUGAGCGUGGUCACAGAGGACAGUGAAGAAACCGUACUCUAACUAACCACUCUGGGGCUCGAGGAUCAUAUGAGCUCAGUGAGCUUUGAACAUUUUUCUCUCUGGAAACAUGUGCUUUUCUUUUGGGAUCUUGGUGUAUUUAUUCCGUUUCACCAGGGAAGAUGAACAACGACGCUGAACUUCGCUGCCUUUUCUAAAAUUAUGUUAUACUUUUUCUCUCUGUAUGUUUUUAUGUUCUGGUUUAUGGAUGUGUAUUUAUGUGGAAUGUGUAUAUGUAUGCAGAAAGAGUAAAGUUUUCCCACCAAAGAAGGUUUCACAUACUGUAAAAACACUUCAGAGAGCUUAACUAUCCAAAGAAUCUCUAAAACUCAUGUUUAUGAUUGUGUAUGUGUAGCUAUAUUAUAUAUAGUUACACAUGAGAAAGAUUUUAGAUAUAGACAGGUGAAAAAAACAACAACAUCGGAACACAGUUUUAAUGUGCCUUGGUAAGUCCCUGGAAAUGUACUGGUUGAAUAAAUGCUCUUCUUCCAAAACAAAUUCUCUCAGUUGGUGUUUUGAUGAUGUUAGUGGAGAGCGCCCUCUAAUAAUUCUCCGAUAUCUGUUUGGAUAGUUUGAGAUCUAGUGACCGUCAGGGCUACAGCAUAUCAUAUUCAUAUUGAUCAAACAAUGCAGAAAAUCCUCAGACUUUGUGAAUAAGGAUGUUAUCAUUUUUGGCAAAGACUUCCCCUAUCAGUAUAGAAAUGUUCCAUCAAAGGAUUAAAGAUGAUUAGACAGGACAGCUUUGUAUUGAUCUGCAGUGACCAUAUCCUCCAUGAUAACAAGUGAACCCAGAGCAUGCCAGCAAAAUGUCCCUUCAGUAUAACAACUAUUGUUUUUCCUUUAGUUUGCUACUCGUGUGUAUGUAAAGCUGUGGGAAUGUGUGGGACAUGGCAUUUUAUUUAUUAUAAAUAUCACUUUUUUUUUUCACACCCUUUAAUUUCAGAAGCAAUUUGCUUGCAUAAGACAGCUGCAAAAACUGUGACCUUUUUAAGAAUGUUAGAAUGAUGUACAGGCAUAGAAUGAUGUACUAUGAUUUUUAUUUUUUAAGGUCUGUUCUGAGCUCCAGCUCUUUUGUAGAUUCUUUGGAAUUGGACAUAUCUUAAACAUGCAGUCUGUAAAUCUUACACUUUACAAUGAACCCACUUUUUGGUAUCUGUAAGCCUUUUUUUUUUCUCUAACACCAACACUACAAUAUAACAGAAAUUAAAGCAAUCGGUUCCUGUUG